UCUUCUGUCACAUUUGUUUUGACAGUUCACUAAACCGGCUGUGAAAUAUUUUAAGUUUAGAAAACACAAAGUCAAAAACAAUUUUCCACACUUCAAUUAAUCAUGGCACACAACUGGCAAGAGAAACAGCGUACGACCGACGUCGAAAUCGAAUCAAACAUAACUUUCGACAAAAUGAUGCUUUCGGACAGAGUGCUACUUGGUUUGACCAAAAAUGGUUUCACUCAUCCUUCACCCAUUCAGCUAAGGGCUAUACCGUUGGGCAUCAGUGGUCUAGACAUAUUAAUGCAGGCCAAAUCCGGAACCGGUAAAACAUUGGUCUUUGCUACCAUUGUACUGGAAAGUUAUCGCAAAGAUGUGAAGGCACCGCAAAGUUUGAUUGUCACACCAACACGAGAAUUAGCCGUACAAAUUGAACAGAUCCUUGCACUUCUGGGAACUGAAAGCUCAGGCUUCCACGUAAGCAGUUUCAUCGGCGGCAUGGACGUGUUGAAUGACCGGAAACGCCUUCAAAAAUGCACAGCAAUUGUUGGCACACCCGGCCGUAUCGUUCAUUUGAUCAAGAACAAUGUGCUGAACAUGAGCCAGAUCCGUGUCAUUGUGCUGGAUGAAGUUGACAAACUGUUCACCGUUAGCUUUGCAGACGAUAUUGAUUUCAUAUUCAAAUCGUUGCCGAACAAGCGGCAAGUGAUCGGCUCCAGUGCAACGUAUGAUAAAAGUGUCGAAAUUGCGAUGAACGAUUACAUGAAAAAUCCGAUUGGCGUAACGCCUCGCAAAGAAGCACCCGUUUUGCUGGGCGUCAAGCAAUUCAUUUACGAAUUGGACGUGGGAGACAAUCCAAAGCAAAUGCAAGAAAUGCAACACAAAGUGAAGACGAUCGUGUCGAUAUUGGCAACGGUGCCGUUCAAACAGUGUCUCAUAUUUUCGAAUUCGCAGCAAAGGGCGGAGAGCUACAGCAACUAUUUGGCAAAUGAGGGUUGGCCGUGUGACGUCAUCAUGGGAUCACAGGAGCAAUCAACCCGACUGGAUAUUUUCAAAAAGUUCAAAGAUUUUAAGUGUCGCAUCCUUGUCGCUACCGACCUAAUGGCUAGGGGUAUAGAUUCGGAGAAUGUAAAUUUGGUUAUAAACGUGGAAGUGCCCAACGACCACGCUCUGUAUCUGCAUAGGAUCGGUCGAUGCGGCCGAUUCGGUAGUCAUGGCAUUGCGGUCACUCUUUCACGGAACAGUAAAGAAUUGAUGGAAUUUCGAAAAUUACUCGGGUCCAUCGGCGGCAGCGCAAUGAAAGUGCUGAAUUUUCCGAAAAAUGUUCAGAACACUGGUCGCUCACUUGAUGACCCGGACGUAGAUCUAACGUCACUGGGUGAAGUCUGUGGCAUCACCGAAACCGAAAUGGAAACCGGCGACGAAAUUCUAGAAAGUGACAGGAUCAACUGCAACAAAACAGCGGACAUUGUGCGCAAGAACAUGGAAUUGCUGGAUAUCUGUAAACGCCUCGUCGACCAGCCCGAAAACGGUAACAUUCCGAAUGAGGAAGAUGAAGAUUUGUUUGAGAGCUACAGCAUGGUCGUAAAUGGUUCGUGCAUCACCUCGGACAUGGACGAUGUUCCUGUCGCAGCAACACCAAACAACGACUCAGUCGACGUGAAUCGUCAAUUCAUUGAUGCCAUUUCCCGGCUGAAUUUGUAUCCCGAAGAAGUGGCAACGCCACAAAGCAAUGACCGUCAAUCGAACUUCUCAAAGGAUGUGAACGAGUCGUCAAGUGACUGUGACAACGGUGAUCUCAACUCGAACACCGAUGGAUCGAAUCUCGGAUCCGAUAAAGUGGCCGAGCUCGACAGCUGUGAUGAUGAUGUGUCGGACCGUUCCUGUUCAUACGCGCAAAGUGACUCUGAUGAUGAUGAGGAUGUUGCGUACGAUCAGUGUGUGACCAGUUCGGGCAAUGAUAUCGAAGCGAGAUGGAAUGCACAGUUUAGACAUCAGAUUGCGUUGAUUCAAAAUUAUGUUAGCAAUACGAGGUACAUGAUGGGCAGAUGUCGAAAUAUGGAAGAAUAAAGUUUGCCUGUGGGCUAGGAGGAAUGUGAGAGUUUUAA